CCUGGACUUUUUCAAGCAUAACUAAGUGAGUGAAGGAUUCAACAAGAAAACACCAGUGAAUACUUUUAACAGAAAAAUAGUACAGUUUGGGAUGUGUCAGCUGGAGCUGGUUGAUGAUAGACAAGGAAGAAAGACAGUAAGGUAUCACUACAACAUCAGUAAGUGAUGUGAUGUGAGUACUCUGAAGUGCACACAGACAAAACACACUAACAGAGCAUGCCUCUGAGUCCGGCAGCCAGCAAACAUGAGCCAUCCGAUCAGCAGCAAGAGGAGGUGCAGCAGUGUGCUACCAACGGCAACCAGGGGGACUCGGACAGCUCCAGAGAAGACACCAUCUACGACACAAUCCGGGCCACCGCUGAGAAACCCCCUACCAGCCCCAUGGAGGAACCCCAAGCCAAUGGUAUCGUCAUCCGCAUAGGGAUCCCAGACCUGCAGCAAACCAAAUGUCUGAAAUUCAAUACAGAGGCACCUAUCUGGUCCUCGAAGCAAAGGAUUUUAUGUACUCUGAAUCAGAGUCUGAAGGAUGUAUUAAACUAUGGACUCUUCCAACCAGCUUACAAUGGAAAAGCGGGGAAAUUCCUGGAUGAGGAGAGACUGUUAAAGGAAUAUCCACUGCCCACGGUUACUCCAGUUCCUUAUCUAGAGUUUCGUUACAAGCGGCGGGUUUACACCCAGGCUCAUCUGGAUGAUAAGCAAUUGGCAAAGCUCCAUACAAAGGCUAACUUAAAGAAGUUUAUGGAACAUGUCCAGCAGAAGAAUAUUGAUAAAAUUGCAAAACUUUUGGAGAAAGGGCUUGAUCCGAAUUUCCAUGAUCCAGACACAGGUGAAUGCCCGCUGACAAUGGCUGCUCAGCUGGAGGGCUGUGCGGAGGUGAUCAAACUGCUGAAGAAUGGUGGUGCCCACUUGGACUUCAGGACAAAGGAUGGACUGACAGCUCUACACAAGGCAGUACGGACAAAAAACCACACUGCGCUCAUUACAUUGUUAGACCUGGGUGCAUCUCCUGACUACAAGGACAGCAGAGGCUUAAGUCCAUUAUACCACAGUUCCAUGGUGGGAGGAGAUCCAUAUUGUUGUGAAUUACUACUUCAUGAUCAUGCAGUGGUGGGAUGUGUGGAUGAAAAUGGCUGGCAAGAAAUACAUCAGGCCUGUCGCCACGGACAUGUUCAGCACUUGGAACACCUACUAUUCUAUGGAGCAGAUAUGAGCGCCCAAAAUGCAUCUGGAAACACUGCCCUCCAUGUCUGUGCUCUCUACAACCAGGAUAGCUGUGCAAGGGUUCUUCUGUUCCGAGGGGCAAAUAAAGAAAUCAAAAACUAUAACAGUCAAACUGCAUUUCAGGUGGCUAUAAUUGCUGGGAAUUUCGAUCUGGCUGAAAUUAUAAAAAACCAUAAAGAAACUGAUGUUGUGCCUUUCAGAGAAACACCCUCAUACUCAAAUCGGCGGCGAGUGACAUCAAGUGGCACCCUUUCCUCUCCACGCACCUUGCUGCGCUCUGCUAGUGACAACAACAUCAAUGUUGAAGGUCGCCCAUCAUACUCCCCUGUCCCUUCACUCAGGAGUCUACCACCCCAGUUGGCUGGACAGCAAGGCCAGGAAGUGGCUGACAGCAGUUUGCAGAGCACUGCCAGCUCCCGCAGCUCUCACUCCCGUUCACCCUCUUUGCAGUGUGUCCAGGAAGAGAGGGAGCCUGACAAUCUCACACUCAGGAGACACACUAGAGGCAGACACAGCCCCAGUACAGUUACCCCCGAGCCGAGUCCCCCUCCACAGCCACCAGCCCUUUCUGGGCACAGAGGGCCCAAGCGGAAACUCUACAGUGCUGUGCCUGGGCGCACCUUCAUCGUGGUGAAACCCUACACACCCCAAGGAGAGGGUGAGAUCCAGCUGAACCGAGGGGAGAGGGUCAAGGAUGUUCAAUCUAAUGAAAUAGUGCUGAGUAUUGGUGAAGGUGGAUUUUGGGAAGGAACUGUAAAAGGCCGAACAGGCUGGUUCCCAGCAGAAUGUGUGGAGGAGGUCCAGAUGAGGCAGUAUGAUCCACGACAAGAAACACGAGAAGACAGGACAAAGAGACUCUUCCGACACUACACAGUUGGCUCUUAUGACAAUUUCACAUCAUACAGCGAUUACAUCAUUGAAGAGAAGACUGCUGUCCUGCAGAAGAAAGAGAAUGAAGGCUUUGGAUUUGUUUUACGUGGUGCAAAAGCGGAGACUCCCAUUGAAGAAUUCACACCCACCCCAGCUUUUCCAGCACUGCAGUACCUUGAGUCUGUGGAUGUGGAAGGCGUGGCCUGGAGGGCAGGACUGAGAACAGGAGACUUCCUCAUUGAGGUAAAUGGAGUGAACGUGGUGAAAGUAGGGCACAAGCAAGUGGUGUCAUUGAUACGGCAGGGAGGGAAUCAUCUGAUAAUGAAGGUAGUUUCUGUGAGCCGGAAACCAGAAACUGAAGAAGUGGUACGCAAAAAAGCUCCUCCACCCCCAAAAAGAGCACCCAGUACAACCCUGACACUGCGCUCCAAAUCCAUGACAGCAGAGCUAGAAGAACUGGCGUCCGCAAGAAGGAGAAGAGGGGAAAAGUUGGAUGAUAUUCUUUCUGCCCAAGAACCAUCCUUAAGACCUGAAGUUGCAGAGGCAGACUAUAGAGCCGCCACGGUGAAACAGAGGCCCACCAGCAGGCGAAUAACACCAGCAGAGAUCACCUCACUUUAUGAGCGUCAGGGAAUGCCUGGGCAGGCUGGAAUUCUACCAGUGGCUGAGAAAUCUCACAUCCCUUUGCCAAAGGGAAUGUCCAGAACUAAAUCCGUAGGAGCAUCAGAGGAUGACAUGCUGUCAGCUUCAGUGGGAGAGCCACGAUUUCCACGGAGUUCAUCAAUGAUUGACAGCCUAAAGGAAAGCCAUGGAAUCCCUCCCCCUCCCCAAACAGCUCCACCUCCACCACCUUCCCAGUAUUAUAUGGACACAGGUCCACCUCCAGCCUUUUGCCCCCCACCUCCUCCUGGACGGGGCCAUGAACAAUCCCGUUCCAGUUUUAAACCAGGUUCAGAAGCUAAGAUCCAUGGCCUCCCACAAGUUGUCACCACAGCUGAAAUUUACGAGCCACCUCGACCCUCCAUCUCACACAUUGAAAGACAAAAGAAAGCACGUUCUAUGAUUAUCUUACAAGACUCUUCACAUAUACCUGUUGAACCUACAGAUAUUCCUCGUCCCACUACGUCUUCUACCCCUCCAGAGAAGAUUAAAAGAAAAGGAAGAGUGAUUGAUAAUCCCUAUGCUAAUGUUGGUCAGUUUAAUGUAGGUUUGUAUGCUCCUACUAAGCCUCAGCGCAAAAAGAGCCCUCUGGUGAAACAACUUCAAGUAGAGGAUGCACAAGAGAAAGCUUCCUUAGCACUUGCUUCAGCUCAUUCCAGAGACCAUUCACCAACAGGUAGGGUUUCACAUAUUAGUCGAGCAGAAUAUCAACAGCAUCUAUUGCAAGAAAAAGUGCGAGCUCAUGCAGAAACCCAGUUAGUAAAAGGACCAUUUUCUGCUGCCAUAGCUGGAGCAGUGAAAGACCGGGAAAAACGUUUAGAAGAAAGGAGGAAAUCCACAGUCUUCCUAUCAGUGGGUGCAGUUGAGAGCAGUUCUCAAAGCCCAGAGCCACCCUCCUUGAUGCAAUCAAGAUCUAUUGAUGAGCGAUUGCUGGGCAGCAGGGAACAUUUAGGUCAACUGUCUCCAUCAUCCUCUGCUCUUAGACCUUUACCAGGUAGCACUACCUUUAUCCACCCUCUUACUGGGAAGCCAUUGGAUCCAAACUCACCACUAGCACUUGCGCUGGCCGCAAGGGAGCGAGCACUCACUUCCCAGAUCCAACCAUCACUGACAGGUAGUCCAGAACCUAGGACUAAAACUGAAAAAGCAGGGCCAUUGUAUGUGGAAACUCAGACCAAAGAGGCAGAAGAAAUAGACAUAAAAGAUAGGAGGUUAGCAUCACCUACAAUCUCACCAGGAUCAAAAACAAGUUAUGAUCCGACUCCAGAUUCUUCACUUUCCACCAGAAGUCAAUGGGGUACCCCAUCAACCCUUCGAAGAGAACUUGAGAUAAGGACUGAAAAAACAGAAAAAGAGGACAGAAAGCCAGAAGAUAAGAAAAGCAUGAUCAUCAGCAUUAUGGAUACAUCCCAGCAGAAAACAGCUGGCCUGAUCAUGGUUCAUGCCACUAGCAAUGGACAAGAAGUGGGUAUUGAUGAGCCAUCCACUACCCCGAAAGCAGCCCCAGCUGAGCCAAGCAAACUUGCACCUACAGACGCAAAGCCCUCUAGCCCUGCUACCACAACCACUACCAGUACUACCACAAUUCAGCAGUCAACAGGUCCUUCCUCUGACAAAACUCUGGCACAAGGAAGCUCAGAGGAGGAGGUGGAGCCAUUUACAGUUACCCUUCCCCCAGCAUUAUUGUCCUCUAGUGAUGAGGAAACACGUGAGGAAUUAGCAAAGAUAGGGCUGGUUCCCCCACCAGAUGAAUUUGCCAAUGGUGUCCUUGUCAAGGUUCCUGGCGUGCCCAUACCACAGCAGGCCAAGACUAUUGCACCUUCCUCCUCAACCCAAGCAGCAGCAGCAGCACCACCACCUCCUACUGCUGGUGGAACACCCUCAGGGAAGCCCUCAGACACCCCCUUGGUGCCUGAGUCUGCAGCCGACUCAGGUGUGGAAGAGAUAGACACCCGGAGUUCUAGUGACCAUCACCUGGAGACCACCAGUACCAUCUCCACCGUUUCAAGCAUGUCAACACUUUCAUCAGAGAGUGGUGAGCCCACUGAUACCUACACCUCCUUCGCCGAUGGGCAGACUUUUAUACUCGAGAAGCCGCCAGUGCCUCCAAAGCCAAAACUCAAGUCCCAGCUCAGCAAGGGGCCAGUUACCUUCAGGGACCCUUUAUUGAAGCAGUCUUCGGAUAGCGAGCUCCUCUCUCAGCAACAUGCGGCCGCGCUGGCUGCAGCCGCCGGCACCGGCCGACCCCGCUACCUCUUCCAGAGAAGGUCCAAGCUAUGGGGGGAUCCUGUGGAAAUGCGGCCAAUACCUGGGGCAGAGGAUGGCAAGCCCACUGUGAUCAGUGAAAUAAGCUCCAGGCUGCAGCAGCUAAAUAAGGACACACGUUCACUUGGAGAAGAACCAGCUGGAUCCAUGUUAGAUCCUGGAAAGAAAUCUCCUGUUGUUGCUGCAAGACUUUUCAGUAGUUUAGGAGAGCUGCACACCAUCUCCCAGAGAAGCUAUGGAACGACAUAUACCAUUAGACCAGGUAGUCGCUAUCCUGUGACACGCCGGACCCCAAGCCCAGGCAAAGUAUCUGCUACAACUGAGAGGACAGAGCCACUGGGCUCUCCACGACAAUACUCCAUGGUGGCCUCACCCAGCACCCCACCUACCAUCCUCAAGUCAUCCAGCCUAACCAUCCCACAUGAGCCAAAGGAGGUCCGCUUUGUGGUGCGGAGUUCCAGCGCAAGAAGUCGUUCACCAUCACCUUCUCCUUCUCCUACUUUGGGCUCCCCAUUGCAUGCCCUUAGGCCCUUUCUGCAGAAACCCCUUCAUAUGUGGAACAAAUAUGAUGUGGGGGACUGGCUAGAGAGCAUCAACCUGGGAGAACACCGAAUGCGGUUCCAGGACAAUGAAAUUGAGGGUUCCCAUCUACCGGCUCUGACCAAGGAGGACUUUGCUGAGCUGGGAGUUACCCGUGUUGGACACAGAAUGAACAUUGAGCGUGCUUUGAAGCAGUUACUAGAGAGUUGACCUCAGCAGGUCCUUGUAGUUUGUUGAUUUGUUUUCUUUUUUAUUAUUUUUUAAAAAUUAAAUUAUUAUAUUUAUAUUAUACUCGCUGCAUUGCACUGAAUGGAAGAUAGAAAAGUAUUCACCAUGAUCCCUGCCUACCCUUCUGGCCAGCCAGCCCCACCCGUCCGUCCGUCCGUUUUGAGUGAUGUUCUACUUGCGAAGUGAAUGUUGCAUGAGCGCCACUAGAACGUCUAGUCUGUGAAUGCUUGGUGUUGUUCCCUGUCCACAGCUGCCAACCUCAGUCACCCUACACUGCCCCACCCCUCCACCUUCCUACUUCAUCCUCCAAAACCUAAACCUUCUGUGACAUUUUGGCCUCUGAAGGUUUUCCAGUGUGAGAAAAGUGGAAGAAUCUUGUUCUGGAAGAAAUAUUCAGUUGCCUUUACAAAUAAUAAUAAUAAUAGCUAAUCAACAACAACAAAAAGACCAUUUUAAUAAGGGAAUCACAGCUGCCUGAUAUAUUUGGAAAAAAUGCAACAUCUUUAUAGUGGGGGUGGGGGGAAUAGUACAGUUGCAGUGAAAACUAGUUUGUGAUUCCUAAAUUCUUUUACUGACUGUGGUAUCUAUUAUAAAUAGGAGAAUGUUAACCGACACUAGUGGCUUUUUCAUAAUCAAGAUUUUGAUUUUGGAAACUUUUGUUUCCAAAAAAAAAAAAAAAAUAUAUAUAUAUAUAUACAGUAUAUAUAUUAGAUAGAUAUUUUAUUCAAAUGUAGAUGGCGGCUUAAAGAAAAAAAAAUGUAAAACAGAAGUUGUUGUCUACUUCUAGGUUGAGGUUAUAGAACAAAGUUAAAAUUUAUUCCAUCAAUACUUAUGUUUUUAUAUAUAUUUGAAAGCAAAAAAAAUCUAUACACACACACACAUACACACAUAUAUAUAUCAUUUUCUUAUAAUUUUACUAAAGAUCUGUAUGGUAUUAUAUAAAAACAGUGCUGAAUGAUUCUUCCUUAUUAUGAUGACCAUUUUGGUUUGGGAUUUUUGUCUUGGACAGAUACAUUUUAAUUUAAUCACUAUGUCAUCAUAAGCUGGAGGUUUUUAAAAUAUUUACACAAAUAAUGUUAACACUUUAAGACAACAUAGUCUUCCAUCUACAGUGAGGUUAUUCCAAAAAUAAGUUGAGAACAAAAAAAGUCAUAUUAGUUAUUUGGAACUGAAAUAGUAACACUCUCUGUAGUUUUCGAAUAGCACAUAUAACAACCAAGUGCCCUUUAAAGACAAGUAUGUGUUAACAUAAUUGCUCAGAAAUGUCACCAUUGAAAAAAAUCUUACUACCCUACCCAGUCAUUUAAUUUUAUUUCAUUCUGUACAGAUUAUAGAUAGAAAGCAAAGAGUCAUCAAGGUCCACAAAUGCUGUGUGUUUUUUUUUUUCCUUUCCCCUUGUAAAGCACAUGCAGUUUAAAUAAGGCCAUAUUUUGUUGUAUAAAGAACAACAGUAAAAAUUAUUUUAGAGAUCUUCCCUUCACUUACCCAGUAUUUUUGAUAUUUUCAUCAGACAUUAAAAGGACUGGGGAUAAUGAUAUAUAAAAAGUGUUUUUUUUUUUCCCUCAUAAUCUUCUUGUGUUCCAACAGCAUGACCAAGGCCGAAUUUGCUACAAUAGCAAAUUUUUGAGUAUUGCUCUCUGUGUCAGCUGCUCCAAGUCGUACUUUUAAAAGUACAUGAUAUUUAUUUUUACUUUUUUCUGAUUUAUAGUUGCAAAUAAUAGCUGUUUCCAUCUUCCUUUUGAACCUCAACUUUGUGGCAAACGUUAGGUGACUAUGAUGAUAAGACUGUCUCAGUUGUCAACAGAAUGCAACUAAAUGGCACAUUCAAAAUUUGGAAUGGACAACCAGCUUGCCAUCUUGUUGUUCAACUGAGUUCGCCUUUGCUGUUCUACUUGCCUUUUGUGUUGUCUUGAUCAGAGACGAAACAUCCAUAAAUUAAAAAAAAAAAAAAAAACCAUCAUGAUGACCAUUUAUUUAAGACAUGGGAAUGUGUAAAUCUUUGAUGAAAACAUAGCGAUAAAUGUAUAAUCUCUAUUAUAUUUUUUAAUCCAUUGAAAAAAAAUAUAUUUAUUUAAAUAAAAUAAAUUACCUCCCAAAGAUUUUAUUAACCAUUUUCAGAAAGAAAAACAUUAGCUCAAGUGUGCCUGGGUAAAUGAUUCUUAUAUUUCAAAUGCGCACUGCUACUAAUGCUAAUGCUAAAGGUUUUAGAUUUGUAUUUGAAUUAAGUGAGCUCAUUUAGUGGUAAGGUUAUACAUUAAAAGAUUAUGAUUUUUAUUUUUAUCAAUAUUGUUUUACUAGUGUUUGAACAAAUGGGUUACAAAUGUAUUGGAUAUGAUUUUGUUUUUUUAUUUAGGACCUAUAAAGCGCCUAGAAAUAUGUAAAUAUUCAGAAACUUUUUUUUUGUAAUUUUGUCCACACCAACCUCCAUUACUUCAGUUUUAAAUAUACAGUUGAUUUUUAAAAUAGUAUACUUGCAGGUGUUUAUUUCCCAUUCACUAGUACAACGUUUGGUUUUGUUGAGGUAUAACAAACCUGCACAAAAUAAAGGUGCUAACCCAAGACCAGCCAACACAGACACUCCUGAAAUCAGCCCAGAAAUAAAAUUCCACCGCUUCAUGCUGAUUUUCCUUUAUUUACAUAAAAGAGUGGAACUUUUUAUUUUGCUGCAGAAUAAGUAUAACAACUGAAAAGUAUUAGUUGAAUAAUGUAUGAAAGCACUUGGAGAAACUCUGUAGAAUUUCUGUUCACCUACGGCAAUAAAUAAAUAAACAAAUAAUCGAAUAAGUUGCCAUAGGAGCCUAAAUAGUUUGGUAUUUUGACAUCCUGGGAAACUUAACCGGGGCUCUGCAUUAAAAGAAAGUCUUUAAUCAUAUUUAAUUGAACAGAAUUUUUUCAUGAUUAUACUUGUGACAAAGACAAUUAUUUGAUAAUUGAGUGGAGUUUUUGAUCUCCCAUUUUCAUUUAACCUUUUUUAUUUUUUAAUUAGUAAACUGAUUUUGUGAGGUGAUGUCAUGUUUAAAGAGUGAGAAAAAUAAGUGAAAAAAAAAAAUAUUUUAGUGCCAAAAAAAAAAUAGAAUUUUAGCUGUUAGUCUUUUUAACCUAUUUUAAACUGUUUAUUGUUGGCUGUUUGACCCAGCGCUAUGGUGCCAUCUCCUGAAAAUCUUGAGAGUGCAGACAUAUAAUAUAUUCUUACUAUUACUUUUUACAAGUAAACUAAGUAUUGAUUAACACUGCUUCAGCUUGUGUUUCUUGGUUGUGUCUUCUCUUAUGAUACAGUAAAUUGACACUUCAGAAUUUUACAGCUCACAAAUGUAAUGUGAAUCUUUCUGUUCAGGUGAAUUAGAUUUGAAUCCCAACUUCAAUGAAAAAGGACACAUUUAACCAAUUUGGUGCAAACGUGAAAGCAAAUCUUCAUGAGGAGGAACUUGUAAACUCAAACGCUUCUGUCUGGAUCACACUUUACACAAGUGCUAUGUCAAGUGAGCCUCUGCCAAGGUUAGGUACAUCUUUCCUCCGCUGCUCUUGUACUUCAGUGUUAUAAAGGCUAAAUUGAUCUUGCACUUAAAGUUCAGGUUUUUUUUGUUUGUUUUUUCUUUUUUAAAUCUACCAGUCAUAUUUAAUGUUGCCAUUCUUGCUGGCUGACCUUUUGGAUAGUUAAAGUGUAAGAACUGCAUCCUGACAGCUAAUGUUUUUUCAUUUCUCGGAAGACAACAGAAAGUCACUUUGCCUUAUAACCCUCAAAUCUGAUGUAAUGCCAAGGCAGUGGGUUUUAUGAUGACAUUUUUGUCUUGUCUGUUUAGGUUUUAAAUUGACAGCAGUCAUACUAAAGUAGGCUACUUGCUCUAGUGAAUGAUCUGUCUGCUUCAUGCACUUACUUCCAAAGAUCUACCAUGGCAUCUUAAGAUCAGGUUUGCCUGACGCAAACAUCAGUAAUGAAGUGACUGAAUAAAUAAAGGUAGGAGAAAUGUGUCAACAUUACUAAGGUUUAUGAGACAAUUUAAGCCCUUUUAUUUUGAUUUGUGAGUAAGUUUUAUUUUACUGAAUAAAAUAGCAGGUUACUAAGUAACUGACAUUUUUCUUUAUUGGAUGCCAUUUCCUAUACGUAUUUAUAACUUCACAAUUGCAGUUCAAAUGUAUAGUUAUAGGUCUCUUUCAUCUGUGAUUUCUUGGUCCCAACUCAAGCUGAAAAUGUUACUGAAAGGGCAGCCAGAAACAUCUACAGGUUCAGAUUUCUUUAUACACUGAUGCACAAAUUAGGGACACAACUGUGCAAUCCAGCGAUUUCCUUAUUUGGAUCUUCAUUCUAAGCUGUCAAAAUCAUUUUUAAGAUCCAAGGACUGUUUGUUUUUCUACAAUAAACAAGCACUCAAAGAUGCAAGUUCUUUGGUAACCAGUGUCACAUUUGCUGAGGAACUAUGAUAACAUGAGUUGGAGUUUACUGUGCUAGGAGUGGCAUUACAGUUUAAUUGCUUUACUGUGCGGAUAUUAGUAAUGCUAACGCAUAUAUGAAUUUAAAAUCUAAUGAUCUUUUUAAAUAAAAACAUUAAAGCCACCGACGUUUCACCUAGGUAUUUAUAAAUAGUAAAUCAACUUGCAUUUCAAUAUUAUUUAACAACUAUUUCAUUUUGCAUAAAUAUUUAUUUCUUAGAGAGAAAGUGGUAAAUGAAAGACUCUUAAGGGUACAGCUCGAGUAAAUCUGAUUCUAAAUGUAUGACUUGCACGCCUGUAAGGGCAAAAAAAGUAUGCAAAAUUUUAACAAAUGCCAGUAAUGAGAAACAUUACCUCAUCUUAUGGACUUAUUUGCUGAAAUUGUGUUGGGUUUUAACAAAGGAAGUGAGCAGUGUAUACAAAUCUCUUGUCACGCCUAAAUGCACAAGUAAAUUAUUAUAAAAAGCCAACAAGUAAAUUAGAGAUAUGAACAAAUGCUGAACAGUCUUGGUGUGUAGGCUUUCUAACUACAACGCUAAGUUAAGGCAACUCAUUUAAAAAGAAAAAAAAACAACAACAACAAACAAACAAAAUACUUGAUUACCAGAGAAAAACAUGUCGUCUGACACCAGACGCACGCUGAGUGUAUUAGAUGUUGCUUAAGGGGUGUACAAACAUUAAUUGUUGUAAACUUUUGAAUGCAUAGAAAUAAUACUUGCAGAUGGUCCUUGUUGGAACAGACAUGGCAUCUUGGUGAAGUGGACGUGACUCGGCCCUUUUCUGUGUUGCACGGGAUAGUAUCAAAUAACAAAGACUUUACGUUACGCUAGAUUUGCUGGUAAAAUUGUGUAUUUUUGGAUAAGUCAAAAAGAAGAGCGUCCAUUCAAACACAACAUCUACUUCUUUUUAUAAGGCAUUUGAAAGAGAUUUCUAUGGUAAGCAGAUACUUUUGUGAAUAAUGGUUUAUACUAGUCACUUUGUUAAGCAGUCAUGGAAAUAAUUCAUUUUAAAUUCAUUUUUAAAAACUUCCUGCAGCCACAAACAUUAAAAAGCUUUCUGUAUGUUUCUUAAAUAAAUUUCCUAGAGACACAAUCAGCAUUUUAGCUAUAUUAUGUGUUUUUAUAUUUUCUUUUAUGGAAAAAAAAGAAAGCCAUUCUAAAGUGAAAUGAGCCCCAUUUUUUAAAUAAACCUGAUGUUGAUACAAUAUGUAUUCUUAAAGUACUCUCAGUUUACAAAGUACCAAGUAAACUCUGUGAAUAAGUAAAGGUGGAGGGCCAGAGUUCAUUAUCAGUUCUGCUGCAAACUCCUAAAUUGUAGAUUUUUUUCCAAAAAAUGUUUGUACGUGGCUUUUCCAUAUGACUUUCUUUUUUGAUAUGCUACCACCCUCUGCUGUACCCCUGGGCAUCUUGAGUUUUGCAGAUUUACAUUGGCAUUGUUCAGUGCUCUUGAUUUUUUUUUUUAGCUUUAUCACUAAUACCUCUUAUUUAUUGUGUUGGGUUUUUUUCCAGUCAUUUGGCAUUGCUGAAAGCAUACAAUAUUUCUUAUUGCUUAACCUAAAUUAUUGUUUCUUGAACUAUUAUUGAACUGUUUACUUCCAGUUUACCAGCUAUUUUCACAUAUAGUUCCUAGCCAAGUGACGCUGACAUGCUUUGAAUUGGAUGUGUGAUAUAAAUUUGUUUGAAUGCUCACCAAAUUAAACAUGAUAUGUGUAGCCUAGUGCUUCAACAACACUUGAAGAUAGCUUCAUUUGCAACAACAGCUGUUUGAAGUAACCACUUGCUGUUGAUUUCAGAAUUUACAGUAGCUUAUAAAUUCUUCUUUGAAACAGCUUGGUAAUGCAUACGAAUGAACACACGCUCACACUCAAAGACAGAGGUGCAUUACUGCGGUGUACUUUAUUAAACAUCACAUUCUCAAAUCCACUUAAUCCAAAUUAAAGUGGCAUGCAGGGCCAAAGCCUCUCCUUGCAGGCAGCAGCACUGAACAUGGCGCAGGUCCUGCUUAGGACCCACUUAGAGGGCCACUUUGGGAGUGCCAGUUAGUGUAAUGAGCACUUCUUUGAGGAUAUAAAAGGAAAUGCCACUCAGACAACUGGAGAGCAUUCAGGCCCUGGAAAGUGGAUGCCUAAGGCAACAAUGUUGACCAUCAAUAUGAACCACCAGAUUUUCCUAAAUAGAAUAAAACUGUAUGAGCUGGUGCCCUGCACAGGACUGGUUAUUAUAUAGAUCUUGAUAAAGUGGGUUUGAUAAUAUAUGAAUAUACUGAUGCAUAAUAUCCACUCAUAUAUGCAAGCAGGGUGUCCCAAAAAGAUGUUCACAUUUCUGGACAUUAAAGAAUGACAUUUUACAGGUCUGUGAACAGAUGUUUAUCAGGUGCGUAUUGAAGCAAUGGACUGUGACACAUUUUGAACUUGCACAACUGUUCAGAUGACCCCCAGUUUCCUUUCCGUCCUUGUUCACUGGACAGGGAUAGUCCUGUGGUUACGAUUCUGAUUUUGGAUAUCAUUUUGUAUUCAAUUUCCACUACACCAUACAGUGUGUCAUCAGAAAUAUAUGCUGAAAUGGUGGUACAUCUAUUUUGGCACAUCCUGUAGCUAGAAAGAUUGUUUUAAACAAAAAUAUACAAUGCUGGAAAAAUACUUCAAUGCUUUUGUCCAAUAUUAGGUAUAUGCUUUCAGUUUUUUAUCCACUUUAAAUUAUUUUUUACAUUUUAACAAUGUUUUAAACAAUGCAUUACAAAUUAUGGAUCAGUACUUGAAAAUGACCUUUUCAGGUAGUGUAGAAUGUUAAAUAAGUUAAAAAAAACAAAACUACAUCUACAAAAGGUAGUCGGGAAAAUCAAAUAACUGAGGGGUUAAAAUAUUGUUCUGGUCAAAAAAAAUAUGUUUUUUUUUUUGGUCAUAUUUAAUAUUUUCCUUCUGUUUGAGUCAAGCGUUUGUUUGCUUUUAGUUUAUUUCAAAGCUACCCAAAUACUACUUUACUGUGGUUACUAAUGUGGAAGUUUCCAUGUAAGACACCUUUUCAGGUAUUUGCUUUUCUCAAUGGAGAUUUUUAAUCCUUGAAAAAAAUUAAAAAUCCAAGUGCAUAUUCUAAAUUACUUCUCAAGUAUUUUAUAAACCAUAUACUUAAUGCACAUGAAUGAAUAAUAAUGUUAGUUGCCACCAUUUUUAACUAAGAUCUCAGUUGAGGCAAAAGUUACUUAGAUACAAAAUGUUACCAAUUUUUUGACAGUAUUUAGUUUCAUCUGUUCAAAACUUGAAGAGUUCUGCAUAAUGGGCACAGUGAAACACACACCCAAAUGCUUCUCUUUUUAAUAAAAUAUACUUCACACUUUUUUGUAAGAAAUAUUAUUUCAAAAGAAAUAACAUAAAUUUGGGGUGUAAGGGAAACCCUCUAACCUUGUUGUUGUGAUACUUACACCACAGAGAUCUAUGUUUGUUAUAUUAUGUAAUAAAUUUAUAAGUAAACUUUA